CAACAAGUUCUUCUGAGGGUCACUCAGAAAAAAUUAGUCAAGAGCUGGUCAAGCAUAUUCAAGAUUUAAUAUCUCUUGGUGUUAAGCCAGGUACAAUUCUCUUAAAAUCACACGAAUGGUCAAAGGAACAAGGGCAUACUGAUCUCAACAACCGAGCAUAUUUUGUUACCCCAAAAGACAUUGAAAAUAUUCGGACAUGUAUGAUGCGAAAAAAUCAGCAACACAAAGAUGAUGCCAAUAGUACAACACAACUUCUUGAGGGCGCUUUCAGAGACAGUGUUAUUUUUUAUCAGCCUUACAGUCCACAAACAGAUCUAGUCAUAGUUCUACAAACACCAUCCAUGAGAGACAACCUUCAAGAAUAUGGAAGAGAUAUUGUUUUUAUUGAUGCAACACAUGGCGUCAACCAGUAUGGCUUUCCUUUAUUUACAUUAGUUGUCAGGGACAGUCAUGGUCAUGGCAUACCCAUUGCCUAUAUCAUCUUGGGAAAUGAAAAGCAGGCCAUGCUUCAGCUGGCACUGGAAAAGCUGAAACCAACAUUUCCUGUAGCUCCAAGGUGCUUUAUGGUUGAUAAAGACCAGGCUGAAAUCAAUGCUAUCCGUAAGGUAUUCAACGAGUCACAUGUUCUCCUUUGUUGGUACCAUGUAACCCAAGCAGUAACUCGUUGGCUGUCAAGAUCUGAAUCUGGAGUGAGUGGACCUGAAAAGGCAGAUUCGAGAGCACACAUCAUGCAGUUAAUGUCGGAGCUGAAAUCCUGUUCCACGGAACAUGAAUUCAAGAAAAAAGCUGAGAUGUUUCACUGCCAGUUUAAGAACUUAAAAGAUGUCUGCAAGUACUUUAGGAACCACUGGGAGCCAAUUGGUCGUCUGUGGUCUAACUUCGGAAGAUGUUAUAAGCAUGGAGACUCAGAAACAAACAAUCUAAUAGAACGCUUCUUCCACCGUUUAAAAUACCAAUUCCUCUGUGGCAUCCGGAAUCGUAGAUUGGAUCAUUUGAUUGAUGUGCUACUAAACAAGACUGACACGUACUUUAACAUAAUACAGGAUUUGCAGUCUGCUGGGAGGGUCCAUAACCCUCUGGAAUGUAAAAUGGAGGAAAUAAAGAAGUCUGCUCAGAGGAUGCUAGACAAUAGGGAUGCAACGGUACACGGUAAAAUCCCGGACCGUUCGGUCAGCCCUGCACGGGACAAUCUACCCUCGUGUCCCGCGGGACUUCGGUUUUGCCAUUGA